AUGAGUUCUCAAGAACAACCGGGUCGUAUUGAGACGUUAAACGAAGAGCAAGAAACUAAACUAAAGCAGGUAUGGGCGCACUUAUUCAACUUUUGGGAUAUUCCAGUUGAUUCAAGGAAGGUUCUAACACAUUAUCAUGAUUCAUUACGUAGGAAUAAUACUGUUUCGUCAGAAGCUAGCCAUGCGACAGUUGAAAGCGGCGCUAAGAAAACAGGUAAACUUUUCGGUAGAUUCCGUAAAUCCACGAAGACAGAGAAGAAAGAACCCAUUAAGCCCCGCAGCCGUCAUUCACGUACCUCUUCUGUGACUUCGACGAGAUCUCGCGAAUCUAUUGAAGCUGCAUACACUCCUAAUAUGGUUCAUGACGCUUUGAAGGAACUUCAGCCAGAAGAAAUUAGAAACAAUUUGUGGGACAUGUUAAGGGUAGAUUAUCCAGAUAAUUUGGUGUUGAGAUUUUUGAGAGCGAGAAAAUGGGACACAGAUAAAACUAUGUAUAUGCUUGCGAAUUCUUUACGUUGGAGGUUGAAGGACGCUCGUCCAGAUGACAUUAUUAAGAGAGGUGAACUUGGUGCCUACGAAGAUGAUAAAGCCGGUUACGUCAAAAAUAUCGAGUUGAGAAAGGCAGUAAUUCACGGGUUCGACAGAUUGGGUCACCCUAUCGUUUAUGUUAGACCUAGAAAACAUCUCUCCAGUGACCAAACAGAGGCAGAAGUUCAUGACUACUCACUUUUGAUCAUUGAACAAACCAGAUUAUUCCUGAAGGAACCAGUAGAUGCAGCAACUAUCUUGUUUGACCUUUCAGGGUUUACCAUGUCAAAUAUGGAUUAUGCACCAGUCAAGUAUUUAAUCUCAUGCUUCGAGGCCCAUUACCCUGAAUGUUUGGGUAAAUUGUUUAUCCAUAAGGCCCCAUGGAUUUUCCCACCAAUUUGGAACAUUAUCAAAAACUGGUUGGAUCCAGUUGUUGCAUCCAAGAUCGUAUUCACCAAAACAGCUAAAGAUCUAGCUGAAUAUGUACCAGAAGAAUACAUUCCAAAAGAUUUAGGCGGUGACUGUACUUAUGACUACGAUGCUUAUGAGAAACCGGACGGAUCCUUGGAUACAAAAUUGAACAAGAAAGCCGAACUUGAAGAAAUCGUGACAGAGAGAAAAGCGCUUGUUGACAAAUUCAUUCAAGCAACCGUAUCUUGGAUUGAAGCAACUGAUGAUGAAACGAAUGCCAAAUGGUUGGCAGCAAAAAUCGAAUUAGGCAAAGAAUUGACUGAAAACUAUAUCAAAAUGGACCCUUAUAUAAGAUCAAGAUCAUUCUAUGAAUAUGAAGGAACAUUGUCAUUGUAA